AUGUUGAUUGUGUUUCAUACAGAUGAACGAGGUGGUGAUAAAGGAUUUACUGCAUCUCAAGACAGUGUCCCCAAAACUACGGGUAAGGCUUACUAGUUGAAGCUUGUUUAGCAACCGAGUGAAUCAGUCAUAUAUCACCAAGUACGUUUUAAUUAUUCAAAUUAAGAAAACUACAUUAAUGUAUUUAUAUUAAUAGCUCUCUCAGUUGUAGCUGUUCAUCAUGGAAGUACUCAUUAAUUAAUACUCAAGUGCUUCCAGUAAAGUUGACUUAAUGCCGUGGAAGGGAUUUGUUCGGACAUGCAUGUUCGGUUUCACAGCAUGAAUACUUAAUAUGAGCUGAUAGUCGUGAUAGACCUUUAAGGAUCACAUGCAAACAGUUUAAACAGAACGUAACGAGUAUUAUAAUCAUUUAUGCAGUUUAUUAAUUUAACUUCGAUAUUUCAAAAGCCUACAAUUACAGGACUUACUUCUUCUUUUUCAGUGUGUCCCAGAACCGAGUCAACAAUAAGUAUUAAAUAUCCAGCAUACGGAAACAUAAUUUGUGAAUGGCGCCUGGAUGCAACCCCAGAGAGUACAGUUGCAUUAGAGAUAUUAAAUCUAAGUUUUCAUUCCACAUGUUCACACUGUAGUUGUGGAAGUUUAGAAGUAUAUGACGGAGAGUCUUCAUCAGAUUUAAAGCUUGGGACAUGGUGUAGACGUUCCGAGGUUCCAUCUUAUUUGCUCUCCGACGGUCGUUUCUUGUUUAUUAAAUUGAUUGUGGCACCACCCUCUUUGAAACAUGACUUUGAAGCGACGUAUAAAACGCUUAAAGAAAACAAAGGUAAUUAUAUAGCAUACAUCAAUGUCAUUUCCACUCCGACCUUGGGACAUUUUGAGAUCGUUCUUUCGUCUAAAUUAAGGAUAGUUUAGUUUCUAUCAGCAGGGGCAUAGCGAAUACACUAAAGAGUUUAAACUUUACUAUUCACGACGCGGCGAGAAAAGACGCGUUAGAAAGGUUUGGUAACUAGCGCAGCCCAAGCCGCGUAUUCUAUGUAUUCUAUGUUACGAAACACAACGCGCUAGCGUAAAACGUUUAUUUUGGCGGGAAAAUUAUAAGUUUUUCAAAAUCUUUGUAAUUUUUUGUUUAAAUGCCACUGAAAAUGUAAUCAAAGGUACUACUUCAUCAAAAAUAAAAACUUAGGAACUUAAAUCACAUUUUCAAUGUAAAAGUAUUUGAUACUCACAUGAAAUUCGCAGCGUAGUGAUCACAACGUGAAAUUUACAAAAUUCCGUCACAGAAUAGUCGACUACGCGUUGGAUUAAAAUAAACUAAAUUAACAAGAUGCCUUGGCGCGCUAGUUACCAAGCCUUUCUAACGCGUCUUCUCUAGCCACGUUGUGAAUCGUAAACUCUCUAAAGUGUGUGUGUGUGGGGGGGGUGCUUCGAUUUUGCUGAUAAAAGGGCGGGAUUUGAUUGUGGUUUACGUUGGCGAAUACAAAGUUCAAUCUCAGUAAUGAAAAAUAAUAUACUAUUUGAUAAUAAAUGGGGUGAAUGCAAGAUUCACAUCUAAUGUCAUGACUCAUGAGCCUGUAUAAAUGAUGUAUCAAUGUUUUCAUAACAAGUCCUACAACAUGCACUGUUCAACAGUGUUAUUUUCGAAACACUCUGUCUCACGCAAAAACAUCUAUCCAGAAAAGAAAACAAUGUAAAGAUUUUAUUAAAGAGUGACGUUUAAAAAGCCUUCUCGCUCAAUCGUAGCUGAGCACCUUUGUUUAUCUAAUAAUAUUGGUCAUGUUUUAGUUUGUUCCAAUGUCCCAGCAUCACAGAACUUUAAUGGAACUCUAAAAAGUUAUGAUUACAAGUCAAAAUAUAUCGCAAAGGAUAUUAUGCAUUGUUUCUGGCCAAUAACGGUGGACGCAGACUACGCUAUUCGUGUAACAGUCAAAACUCUUGAUUUCGGCGGUUGUGAAGCAUGUGGCGAUUUGCAGAUAUUUGAUGGUUUAACAAUAUCUAGUACAAAGCUGGGGGAAUGGACAAAGGGAAAACCAGAUCUGAUGUCAAGCGCAAAUCACGUGCUCAUCACGUUUAAGACAAAUCAGUUUGCCAAAACUGAUGGGCUGGAAGUGAAAUAUGAAAUAAUCAGGGUCGUUAAUCGUAUGUUUGAUAGUAUAUUUUUAAUUAAUUAAUUUGUUUUAUAUGUAGGCUAACAUUUUAAUUGAUUUAUAUAAUUUUAAAUAUAACUUUAAUACAAUUAAGCAGGUAGUGGUUGGUUGCCUUUCUUUGUUUCUUUGUUCAACAAUAAUUAUUUUUCAAGGAAAAUUAAAAUAAAUCACUAUGAUCAAGAGACUGUAAAUAUAUAAGGAGACAUGUAAAAAUUGCUUCGUAUUCCCUUGCUUUCUAGUUUGUCAACCAGAAUCUGCAGAAAACGAGGGAGAAAUUGAGACUUAUGGUUUUCCGCAAGACUAUCCAGGAAAUAUGGAGUGUUCCUGGAAACUUAAAGCACCUGAUAAUUACGUGAUAAGACUGACCAUAGGUUCUGUUUCGUUCCCGAAAUGCACAACUCCAGAAUUGGCUAGGGAUUAUAUUGACAUUUAUGAUGGUGACAAUGAAUUUGCGAAUAAAAUAGUUGAAAACUUUUCUCAGUGUUCAAAAGCCAAAAAUAUCGAUUUGGUUUCACGUACUAACCGGUUAUUUGUCGUAUUUAAAUCUAAGUCGUGGCGCGGGAGUAAAGGAUUUAAGGGAACCUACAAUUCAAUUUCUAAGGACAAAGGCAAGUAA